CAUUUUCUCAAGGGAAUUUCGGGGUCCAUUACUCCAUGAUUAGCGAUCCAAGUUUCAAACGCAUCAGAUACUCGGAGAGUAUCAUGUCAUCCAGAAAACAGACAUGUCGCAUAACUAAAUGCAACUCAUAUAUACCAUUUCCUUGGAAUGCAAAGUUCCAGUAAAUGAAGAAGAAGAAGAAGAAGAAACCUUCCAUCAUUGCACAACCCUUGACACCCAAGGGCAAAGGAAAGAAAGAAGACAUUAAUUGCAGUUUUUUCUUAGCCCAUGUGAAAAGCCCAGUUUCUAUCGAUAAGUAUAAGUACGUGCAGUGCAGUGCACUUCCCCUUCAAGACCGUUCCCGCCAAACACUGAUCGGUGUGAGCUCCGCUUCAAGCUUCGGUUUCGGAAAGAGAGAGAGCGGCUUCGGUUUCGGAAAGAGAGAGAGCGGCUUCGGUUUCGGAAAGAGAGAGAGCGGCGGAGGGAGGGAGGGAGGGAGAAGGCCAAGGAUGGAGUUUAGUCUCACCGGCAACGCGCUCAAGACUCCGGUGUGGUCAGUCACGUGUCCCCCACGUGAAGGCCACGAGCUUGUCAUUCUCGAUCAGGUGAAUUUCCGGCGUCUUCUUCACCUCUUAAUUCCUUAGUCCAUCACUUAUUGCGAUUAAUUUACUUGGCAUUUACGUUUGAGUUUGUUUUUGUUUUUUGUUUUUUUUUUUUUUAACUUAUUUACUUAUUUAUUUUUGGGCGGUUGUACUGAGAAAUGCUGGAUUUCGUUUUUUAUUUUUAUUUUUAUUUUUUAAAUCUAGAUUACCAAGUAUUUUUUUAUCACUGGAAAUGGAGGGAAAUGAGGUUUCGAUGCUUCAAUUUGAUUUUUUUUUUUUUUUUUAAAUUUUGGUGGUUUGUCAAUUCUGUGAUUUUUAAAUAAUUGGAAAAGAUGCAAAGUGCAGAUUCAAAUUAGGCUGUUUGUUCUGUUCUUAGGACUAUCACUUCAAGCUCUGGUCAUUUGAUUGUACAAUUGUGCAAUUGGCUGAUCCGCAUCAAAAGUGCAAUGGACUUUGUAAUCUUUUAGUGGUAAUGUAUUUCUUUAUGUUCUUCACAUGUUUCAUCUUGCUGUAAAUGGGAGAGAUAGGGACACUAUGUUGGGGGGGGGGGGGGGGGGAGGUGGAAAUUACAGUCUCUUUAUUGCUGUUUAUGUGAAGAAAUCUCAAUCUGUCUAACAACAGCCAAGAGUGGUCCAUAAUUGAUGGUAGAAGUUGGAAGCUAUCUUUUGAGUAUUCUUUUCAUGUGGUGCUUUUACAGUCAAGUAUGUAAGAUGAUGGAAUCAUGCGCAUUGAAGUCAAAUGGGAAUUAGGAAGUACGAGUAGACUGUCAUUCCUUUUCUUGAAAAUCAGUGGGAUUGUUUCAACAAUGUUUUCACAAAAUCUUUUACAGGGAAUGUUUUGGUACAAACAUUUUCUUGAACUUCUAUGUCUGUAAAAUACUUGGCAGAAAUAAAAAUAUUGUAAACAC